CCCCCCAUUGAAUGCAUGCAAAUGGAAAGUUCCAUUUCUUAAACCCUCUCUCUCUCUCUCUCUGGGUCGUAUAACGCACAAAAGCUCCAAUGGCUGCUAUGGUACAAGCGGACAUUCCAAACGGUGGAAUGAAGAUGAUCUUGUUGAGCUUCGUUUGUCCUGAAUCGCCAUACGUUUGGAAUGACAAUGGAUUCUCGACAUGUUUCAUCAGCAUAGUCCUAGGUUGUGGUGUGAACAUACUGACUUUGAUAAUCCUGUCUGUGCUUGCUAAAUGGACCUCAAGACAAAGUGGGUUGGUAUACUCCAAAGAGAGGGUUUUACUAUUCCUUCUUCCUGCUAUUGGAGCAAGCAUGGGAUUACUUCACAUAGCUUUGCUUUUGAAGGAAUCACUAAAGGGUCACACUAGUGUGUUUCAUGAGUGGCUUCUUGGAAGUUGUCAAUUUCUCACGUGGAUAAUCAUUCUACUUAUCAUGAAGUGGGACUGUCAAUUUUCCAUUAUUUGCAAUCGGAUCUGGUGCUUUUGGUGGAUUAUGAAACCAUUUCUGGGCAUUCCGUUGCUGCAAUUAGCCUUUUCCUCUGGAGAGGUAUUGAGGUUUCUUAAAGAAAGUUUUGGAUUUCUGGUGGAUGUAUCAUUUGGGCUUACUGUUAAUAUCAUCAGAAUAAAACAAUCCUCUCGCAGGUAUAGAAAAGAUGGGUCUAUGCAUGAGCCGUUUAUACCCAGAGACACUGACAUUGAAGAGGGUCACAAAGAGAUUGCAAGUGCUCAAAGGUUUUGGCAUCGUUUUACAUUCAAGCCUAUCACUUCUGUAAUGGAGCGUGGCAUGGUAAAACAACUUGACUUGGAAGAUUUGGUUCAGCUACCAAAUGAUAUCGAACCUUCUGUUUGCCUUGAUAUGUUGUUAAGCUGUUGGCAAAAAGGGCAAAGUCAACAAAGGAACUUCUCUCAUCCUUCCUUGUUCAGAGCAAUUUGUGGUGCUUAUGGAUGGCCAUAUCUCCGUUUAGGUGUGUUGAAGGCAGUUAAUGAUGGCAUUGGUUUUGUGGGGCCAUUACUCUUGAAUAGUCUCAUUCGCUUUCUUCAAAAGGGUUCCCCUGGAUACAGUGGUUAUGUUUUUGCAAUUCUUCUGGGUCUUACUUCAGUGGCAAAGUCUUUUCUGGAUACACAAUACACGUUCCUACUGGCCAAAUUGAAGUUAAAACUAAGAUCUAGUAUCAUGACCACCAUAUACCAUAAGUGCCUUAAUGUCAGCCUAGCAGAAAGAUCCAAAUUUUCUGAAGGAGAAAUUCAGACAUUCAUGUCUGUAGAUUCGGACCGAACAGUCAACCUGUGUAACAGUUUCCAUGAUAUGUGGAGUUUACCAUUACAAAUUGGAAUUGCGCUAUAUCUUCUCUACACGCAAGUUAAGUUUGCGUUUCUGUCUGGAAUCACGAUAACCAUCUUCUUAAUACCAGUGAAUAAAUGGAUAGCGAACUUGAUUUCUAAUGCAACGAAGAAAAUGAUGGAACAGAAAGAUGAGAGAAUUAGAAGGACGGGAGAACUUUUAAUGAAUAUUCGCACUUUGAAAAUGUACGGCUGGGAGCUUCUCUUUACAAGUUGGUUGAAGGAGACAAGAUCGUCAGAAGUGACACACUUAUCUACUAGGAAAUAUUUGGAUGCUUGGUGUGUAUUCUUUUGGGCAACCACACCUACUCUCUUUUCUCUCUCCACUUUUGGACUAUAUUCUUUGAUGGGCUACCAACUUGAUGCCGCAACGGUUUUCACUUGUCUUGCUCUUAUCAACAAUUUGAUCUCUCCAUUAAAUUCAUUUCCUUGGGUUAUCAAUGGAUUGAUUGAUGCAGUUAUAUCUAUCAAGAGGUUGAAUAGAUUUAUUUCCUGCCCGGAACAACAAAUGGAGCAUUAUGGUAAUUCAUCAACAUUCUCUUCUAAAGAUGAGCUUGGUAGCAUGGCUGUUGACAUACAUGGUGCGUGUGGCUCAUGGUCAAGCAUUGAAGAAAAGGGAGGGUCUGGAUUUUUUAAUCAUUUGACUCUAGCCAUACCAAAAGGUUCCUUGGUCACAGUUAUUGGAGAGGUUGGUUCAGGUAAAUCAUCCUUGUUGAAUUUGAUUCUUGGAGAACUAAGGCUGUUUGAAGGAUUGGUACAUUCAGAAGGGUCUAUUGCAUAUGUUCCUCAGGUUCCAUGGAUUCUAUCUGGAACCAUCCGCGACAAUAUUCUGUUUGGCAAGGAGUAUGACCCAAGAAGGUACUACGAUGUGUUACAAGCUUGUGCAUUAAAUGUUGACAUUUCACAAAUGGUUGGAGGUGAUACGGCUUAUGUUGGAGAAAAGGGAUUCAAUUUAUCCGGUGGACAGAAAGUGCGCCUUGCUCUAGCCAGGGCUAUUUACCAUGGUGCCGAUAUAUUCUUGCUUGAUGAUGUCUUAAGUGCUGUUGAUGCACAAGUGGCUCGCUUAAUUUUACACAAGGCCAUGCUUAGUCCGCUUAUGAAACAUCACACACGCAUCCUUUGCACCCAUAAUAUGCAGGCAAUAGUUUCAGCUGAUGUGAUUGUUGUAAUGGAUAAAGGCCAUAUAAAAUGGUUGGGAAGUUCAGCUGAACUCUCAGCUUGCCACUAUAUGGAUUUCUCAUCAAAGCACAUUUUAUUUUCCCAAGACAAUAUAGAAGAUAGAAAUCCAGACUUGUCAGUUGCAGACCAACAGGCUGUAACUCCCGAAAGUGGAGAAGCGGUAGAGAUCACUGAAGUUGAGUCAAGGAAAGAAGGAAGAGUUGAACCUGCUAUAUACAAGCAUUAUGCAGCAUUUUGUGGUUGGUUUAUCACUAUAGCAACAUGUUUUUCAGCAGUCCUUAUGCAAGGAUCUCGCAAUGGAAAUGACCUAUGGCUUUCCUAUUGGGUUGAUACAACAGCUGGGAGCCAAAGUGAAUAUCCGAUGGCCUUUUACUUGGGUAUUCUGGCUGUAUUCUGUCUUAUCAAUUCUUCGCUAACAUUGGCAAGAGCUUUCUUGUUUGCAUAUGGUGGAUUGUGUGCUGCUAUUAGGGUGCAUAAUGAGCUUCUUGCUAAACUCGUUAAUGCACCAAUUAGUUUCUUUGAUCAAACGCCAACUGGAAGAAUACUCAACAGAUUUUCUUCGGAUCUUUAUACUGUUGAUGAUGCUCUUCCAUUCAUUCUCAACAUUCUUCUGGCAACAUUUGUUUCUCUUCUGGGCAUUGCUAUAGUUUUAUCAUAUGUUCAGGUUGUAUUCUUACUUCUACUCUUUCCACUAUGGUAUAUCUACAGCAAUCUGCAGUUCUAUUACAGGUCAACAUCCCGAGAAUUGCGGAGACUUGAUAGUGUUUCCCGUUCUCCCAUUUAUGCAUCAUUUACAGAAACACUCUGUGGAUCAUCGACCAUAAGAGCAUUCAAAUCUGAGGAUUUCUUUAUGAACAGAUUCAUAAAGCAUAUGACAUUGUAUCAGCGUACCAGUUAUUCAGAAACAUUAGCAAGUUUAUGGCUUUCUCUGCGUCUUCAGUUGUUAGGGGCAUUUGUUAUCUUUUUCGUUGCUGUAAUGGCGGUUAUUGGAUCUCGUGAGUAUCUACCCAUUAACUUGGGAACCCCAGGACUUGUAGGGUUGGCUCUUUCAUAUGCUGCUCCUUUAGUAUCUUUGCUAGGCAGCUUCUUAUCGAGUUUCACUGAAACUGAGAAGGAAAUGGUCUCCGUUGAGAGGGUUGUUCAGUAUAUGGACAUUUGUCAAGAGGAACUGGAUGGGUUUUCUAAACUAGAACCGGGAUGGCCUUCUGAAGGACAAAUAGAAUUCCAAAAUGUGACCUUGAGGUAUAUGCCGUCCCUGCCUGCUGCCCUUCACCAUAUCAGUUUUACUAUUGCCGGUGGGACACAGGUGGGAAUUGUGGGAAGAACAGGUGCGGGAAAAUCUAGUGUCUUGAAUGCUCUAUUCCGCCUCAAUCCAUUAAGUCAUGGAUGUAUAUUAGUAGACAGCAAAAACAUAUAUGAUAUUCCUGUUAGAGAUCUUCGUUCUCAUUUGGCUGUUGUCCCACAAAACCCGUUUUUGUUUGAAGGAUCUCUAAGAGCUAAUCUAGACCCCUUCAGUCUAAAUGAUGACUCCACCAUUUGGAAUACUUUGGAGAAAUGCCAGGUGAAAGAGGAUGUUCAAGCAGCUGGGGGAUUGGAGAUUCUUGUAAAAGAAUGUGGAAAUUCUUUCUCUGUUGGCCAAAGGCAACUUCUCUGCCUUGCUCGCGCUCUGCUCAAGUGUUCUAAGGUUCUCUGUUUGGACGAAUGCACUGCCAAUGUUGAUGCUCAAACUGCUUCGAAAUUACAAACUGCGAUUACUGGACAAUGUAGAGGCAUAACGGUUGUCACAAUUGCUCACCGUAUCUCAACAGUGAUGGGCAUGGACGACAUCCUAGUUGUCGAUAGUGGCAUGCUGGUGGAACAAGGGAACCCUCGGGUUCUCGUUCAGGAUCCUUUGUCCAGAUUUUCGAGUUUUGCCAAAGCCUCGUCAAUGUAAUGCAACCAAUACCUUAUAAACUAACUAAUGCUAAAAAUGGAUUUGCGUGUAACUUUGAGCGUUGGAAAAGGAGGAAUUUCAUCUUGAUGUUCUAAUUUUAUGUGUGAAAGGUAUAAGGCCAACUAUAGAUCUAUUUCUCUUGUUGAAAUGAAUGCAUCUUAGUCAACAAUAUUGUUUUAGCCUAGCUCUAGGUUGUGCUGAUAAUUUUUAUUUGAAACCGAUGGGUUUGAGCUAUCAGACA